CAGUCGGUCUUUUAUUUUGAAAGGCUCAAGAAUCAGUACCGGACAUUUUCAUUGGCUCCGUUGUUCAGCCAAUGAAAUGCGUUCUUGUUUACGCGUUUUCCUCUCUCUACACGUGAGUAGUGCCGAGCCGAUCGCUGAAAUUAGCUUCUAGCAUCAUGCUUCGCCGCGAGGUGAGACUGAGGCGGGAGUAUCUGUACAGGAAGGCACAGGAGGACAGGCUGCGGACAAUAGAAGAGAAGAAACACAAGCUGAAGGGCGCGCUGGAGGACAAUUGCCUCCUUCCAACUGAGGUACGCAAAGAAGCUCUGCAGCUGCAGAAACUACUGGAGUAUGAUGACGAAGGGGCAGAAGGAGUCAGCUCACAUGUGGAUGAUGAAUAUAAAUGGGCUGGAGUGGAAGAUCCUAAAGUCAUGGUCACUACAUCCAGAGACCCAAGCUCCAGGCUGAAAAUGUUUGCAAAGAUGGCCUGGUUAUAUGCCACUUGCCAUUUGGGCCCACAGCCUAUUUCACACUCUACAAUGUGGUAAUGAGGCAUGAUGUUCCUGACAUAGGCACCAUGUCUGAGGCCUACCCCCACCUCAUUUUUCACAACUUCACCUCACGACUCGGGAAAAGGGUAUCGAAUAUCCUCAAGUAUCUUUUUCCUGUGCCCAAGGAUGACAGCAGGCGUGUCAUCACAUUCGCCAACCAGGAGGACUUCAUCUCUUUCAGACAUCACACCUACAAGAAAACAGACCAUAAGAAUAUAGAACUGACAGAAGUUGGGCCCAGGUUUGAGAUGAAAUUGUAUAUGAUCAAACUUGGCACCUUGGAGAAUGAGAACACAGCAGAUGUYGAGUGGCGUCACCAUGCAUAUACGCACACGUCUAAGAAAAGGAGGUUCCUCAGUGUACAAUAGGACAAAAUGAAUAAAGUGUACACGACUAUCAGAAAGUCCUCUUUCUGGAAGUGUUUUAUAUUUAACCAGUGGGGUUUGAUAAAAGAAGUUUAAGUAAUUGAAGUGUAUAAAAUACUCACCAGUAAAGUGUAUUUUUAGUGAUUGCAAAUUGGGGGG